AUGUAUGGUAUAUUUUUGAAGGCAGUGACCUAUGAUGAUGUGCAUAUCAACUUCACUAAGGAAGAGUGGGAUUUGCUGAAUCCUUCCCAGAAGAAUCUCUACAAAGAUGUGAUGCUGGAGACCUACAGGAACCUAACUACUAUAGGAUACAUUUGGGAAGAUCGUAACACUGAAGAUCAUUGUCAAUGUUCUAGAAGACAUGCAAGUCAUAAAAGAUCACGUAUUGGAGAGAAAUCAUAUGGAUAUAUUCUGUGUGGUAAGACAUUUGCUGAUGAUAGUCAUUGUCAAAAGAAUAAAAGGACACAUACUGGAGAGAAUCCCUGUGAAUAUAAUCAGUGUGGUAAGGCCUUUGCUAGACACAGUGUUCUUCAAACACAUAAAAGAACACAUACUGGAGAGAAGCCCUAUAAAUGUAAUCAGUGUGGUAAAGCCUUUGCUCAACACAGUGUUCUUCGGAUCCAUGAAAGAACACAUACUGGAGAAAAACCCUAUGAAUGUAAUCAGUGUGGUAAGGCCUUUGCACAGUAUGGUCAUCUUCGAGUGCAUGAAAGAACACAUACUGGAGAGAAACCCUAUGAAUGUAAUCAGUGUGGUAAGGCCUUUGCACAGAACUGUACUCUUAAAUGCCAUAAAAGAACACAUACUGGAGAAAAACCCUAUGUAUGUAUUCAGUGUGGUAAGGCCUUUGCAUAUCACCAUACCUUAAAACUGCAUAAAAGAACACAUACUGGAGAGAAACCCUAUGAAUAUAAUCAGUGUGGUAAGGCCUUUGCUAGACACAGUGUUCUUCAAACACAAAAAAGAACUCAUACUGGAGAGAAACCCUAUGAAUGUAAUCAGUGUGGUAAGGCCUUUGCACAGUAUGGUCAUCUUCGAGCGCAUGAAAGAACACAUACUGGAGAGAAACCCUAUCAAUGUAAUCAGUGUGAUAAGGCCUUUGCACAAUAUGGUGGUCUUCAAGCUCAUCAAAGAACACAUACUGGAGAAAGACCCUAUGAAUGUAAUCAGUGUAGUAAGGCCUUUGCUAGACACAGUGUUCUUCAAACACAUAAAAGAACACAUACUGGAGAGAAGCCCUAUAAAUGUAAUCAGUGUGGUAAAGCCUUUGCUGAUUCCAGUGUUCUUCUAAUCCAUGAAAGAACACAUACUGGAGAAAAACCCUAUGAAUGUAAUCAGUGUGGUAAGGCCUUUGUUGGAAACAGUGCUCUUCAAAUACAUAAAAGAACACAUACUGGGGAGAAACCCUAUGAAUGUAAUCAGUGUGGUAAGGCCUUUGCACAGAAAUGUCAUCUUAAAUGCCAUAAAAGAACACAUACUGGAGAAAAACCCUAUGUAUGUAUUCAGUGUGGUAAAGCCUUUGCAACUAAGGGUAAACUUGAAUUACAUAAAAGAACACACACUGGAGAGAAGCCCUAUGAAUGUAAUCAGUGUGGUAAGGCCUUUGCAGUGCACAGUAAUCUUCAAAUCCAUAAAAGAAGACACGCUGGAAAGAAACCCCAUAAAUGUAAUCAGUGUGGUAAAGCCUUUGCUAUUCACAGUGCUCUUCAAAACCAUGAAAGAACACAUACUGGAGAGAAACCCUAUGAAUGUAAACAGUGUGGUAAGGCCUUUGCACAGUAUGGUGGUCUUCGAUAUCAUCAAAGAACACAUACUGGAGAGAAACCCUAUGAAUGUAAUCAGUGUGGUAAGGCCUUUGCAUAUCACCAUACCUUAAAACUGCAUAAAAGAACACAUACUGGAGAGAAACCCUAUGAAUGUAAUCAGUGUGGUAAGGCCUUUGCAUAUCACCAUACCUUAAAACUGCAUAAAAGAACACAUACUGGAGAGAAACCCUAUGAAUAUAAUCAGUGUGGUAAGGCCUUUGCUAGACACAGUGUUCUUCAAACACAAAAAAGAACUCAUACUGGAGAGAAACCCUAUGAAUGUAAUCAGCGUGGUAAGGCCUUUGCACAGUAUGGUCAUCUUCGAGCGCAUGAAAGAACACAUACUGGAGAGAAACCCUAUCAAUGUAAUCAGUGUGAUAAGGCCUUUGCACAAUAUGGUGGUCUUCAAGCUCAUCAAAGAACACAUACUGGAGAAAGACCCUAUGAAUGUAAUCAGUGUAGUAAGGCCUUUGCUAGGCACAGUGUUCUUCAAACACAUAAAAGAACACAUACUGGAGAGAAGCCCUAUAAAUGUAAUCAGUGUGGUAAAGCCUUUGCUGAUUCCAGUGUUCUUCUAAUCCAUGAAAGAACACAUACUGGAGAAAAACCCUAUGAAUGUAAUCAGUGUGGUAAGGCCUUUGUUGGAAACAGUGCUCUUCAAAUACAUAAAAGAACACAUACUGGGGAGAAACCCUAUGAAUGUAAUCAGUGUGGUAAGGCCUUUGCACAGAAAUGUCAUCUUAAAUGCCAUAAAAGAACACAUACUGGAGAAAAACCCUAUGUAUGUAUUCAGUGUGGUAAAGCCUUUGCAACUAAGGGUAAUCUUGAAUUACAUAAAAGAACACACACUGGAGAGAAGCCCUAUGAAUGUAAUCAGUGUGGUAAGGCCUUUGCAUAUCACAGUAAUCUUCAAAUCCAUAAAAGAAGACACGCUGGAAAGAAACCCCAUAAAUGUAAUCAGUGUGGUAAAGCCUUUGCUAUUCACAGUGCUCUUCAAAACCAUGAAAGAACACAUACUGGAGAGAAACCCUAUGAAUGUAAACAGUGUGGUAAGGCCUUUGCACAGUAUGGUGGUCUUCGAUAUCAUCAAAGAACACAUACUGGAGAGAAACCCUAUGAAUGUAAUCAGUGUGGUAAGGCCUUUGCAUAUCACCAUACCUUAAAACUGCAUAAAAGAACACAUACUGGAGAGAAACCCUAUGAAUGUAAUCAGUGUGGUAAGGCCUUUGCAUAUCACCAUACCUUAAAACUGCAUAAAAGAACUCAUACUGGAGAGAAACCCCAUGAAUGUAAUCAGUGUGGUAAGGCCUUUGCACAGUAUGGUGGUCUUCAAUCUCAUCAAAGAACACACACUGGAGAGAAACCCUAUGAAUGUAAUCAGUGUGGUAAAGCUUUUGCACGUCAUGGUGCUCUUCAGUAUCAUCAAAGAACACACACUGGAGAGAAACCCUAUGAAUGUAAUCAGUGUGGUAAAGCCUUUGCUCAUCACAGUGUUCUUCAAAUGCAUAAAAGAAUACAUACUUGA